GGGUACGCAGCGCCGCCAGCCCCGGUAGUACUACUUAACAGGAUUAGGCCGCGCCCUCGAUGCGAACCCCAGAAAAUCCCCAGACAAACUUCGCCUCGAUGGACGGGAUGAGCACCAGCACGAGCACCAGCACCAACACAAGCACCACGCGCCGACCGGGACCCCAGCGUCGCAUCAGACCAUCUCGCGGUCGCGGGUUGAGAACAUCAACAGGAUGCCUCACUUGCAGAGAAAGACGUGUCAAAUGCGACGACGGCAAGCCCCAAUGCAUGCGGUGUACCAAGUCAGGUCGCGUAUGCCGGUAUCGCCAGCCCGCUGAGCAGCAGAAGAGCUUUACGGAAAACGGCACCGGCGCUGGCACAACACCAGGCGUCGCUCAAGAGCAGAGUGUUGGUACGCCGUACUUUCAGCCUUCAUCUGAUGCCGGUGUGUCACUUCAGCUCAGCGGACAAAACGAUACUAGUCCGCAGUCCAGCCUUGAUCUGGGCUUCUCCGCUCCUCCACUCGCCCUUGGCGAGCUCUCCCUGCUGAACAUCUCCACUCCCUUUGAGUGGUAUGACCUACUCGCACGCGAUGCCAUCAGCAACAUCCAACGGCUGAACGAGGCCUCAGCGGGUGAGCCGCGUUGGACUUUUCCUGAAAUCACCCUCUCGCGGAAACCCUCGCCCGCUCCAGAAUCAUUUUCUGCGCAUCCUGAGCAGCGAGACGAUGGACCUGAAGCCCCCUUACUCGGUUAUCACCAUGUCUCCGAGCCUUGGAAUACAGGGUAUCGGAUAGAACUAUCGGUAGUGGACCUCAUCUUCCUUCGCUACUACACCGAAGUGGUCGGGCCGAUCCUCGACCUGUUCGAUCCCGAUCGGCAUUUCACGAAUGUCGUGCCGCAUCUUGGGCUGCGAAAUACCGGCCUACUGAAAUCGAUCCUUGCAGUAGGCGCUAAGCACAUGUCUCUCGGUCUCGAUGUACCAGGUGAUCAUAUAGCUCCGAGCAGCCCAAACCCGGUAGCAGACCACCCUGCACCCGCGCAUAUGGCUACACAUUACUACUACGAAACGCUCCAGUAUCUCUCGCAAACCCUCCUCUACCCCUCCUACGCCGACUCGCGUGAGCUGCUAGCGACAUCGACCAUGAUCAGCACAUACGAGAUGUUCGACGCCGACACAUCUACAACAAGCGGUGACUGGGAACGACACUUACGAGGCUCGUUCUGGAUUCAGCGCUCCCAAGACAACGACGGCGAGUCUGCCGAUGGACUUAGGCGAGCCGUAUGGUGGGCCUGGCUCCGGCAGGAUAUCUGGGCGGCAUUUCGAGCGGGACGACCAACAUUGACGAUCUGGCGAGCACGGAAGAAGCUCGAGGAACUCAACUCGGAUGAACUGGCGAAUAGAAUCAUAUACAUAUGCGCCAAGUGCGUUGAAUUUGCAGCGUCGGAUAAGAUGGUCCCUGGCAAUACCCAGGACCCACGGCUUAGAAUCGAACACGGCGAUCGGCUCCUCCGCGCUCUGGACGACUGGUAUCGUGUCCUACCUACCUCAUACCAUCCCGUUACAAUCGCCCUAGACCCGGGAAGCGCACGCGCACUGAGCAAGACAAUACCACCGCCAAUAACCAGUCCGAGCGGAUUAAGCUGGGACGGAACGGCGCCACUGACGAACCCCGCCGAACUACAAGAGCAAGGCCCAAGUCCAGGUGCAGGUGCUGCAGGUGCAGGUCCAGGUCCGAAUACAACACCAACUAACACAGUGUUCUUCCCGCCCGUCUGGAUUCACCCACCCAGCCACGCCGGCGCAAUGCAGAUGUACCAUUUCGCGCGAGCGGUCGUGCUUCUGAACCAGCCGACGAUGGGCGGUCUCAGCGCGUAUAACCUGCGGGAGAAGCAGCUUAGCGAGAGUGUGCAGAUGGUCUGUGGGAUUGCGAAUGCGUGCCAGGAGCAUGAGAGUGCGAUUGCGUUUGUGAAUGCGCAGGCGCUAUUUGGUGUUGGCCAGUUUGUGCAGGCGCCGGGGAUGCGGGCAGAGCUAUUGAGGAUUCUGGAGAAUAUGUUGAGGAUAAGUAAGAUUCCGGCGCAGGGGCUUGUUGCGGAGUUGAAAAAGGUGUGGCAAGGGUAGUAUAAGGAAUCAACUAUAGAGCCAAAGACGCAAGUCAUCCCGGAUAACCUUUUGCAUGGGAGCUACAUUUACUGAAGACAUAGGUAGACUCAGAUGAAUCAAAAAACUCCGUAGUAUUGAUCUCUAUAAAUUCUAACAUGCCUCAUAAAAUCUAUCAUUGACCACCCCUACCACGCUCCAACAAUGCCAGCAAUGGGAAUGUCAAUUCCCGUCGUAUACGACGCCCCAUCGGAAAGCAAAUACACAUACGCACCGCCCAGCUCCUUGGGCUCAGCCAAUCUCGGCAUGCCGCCGUAGUACUGCAUCUUGAGAUCCCAAUCAGGCGCCUGGUCAACAAAAUACGUCAUGGCCGUCUUGAUGAACCCAGGGGAAAUCGAGUUAACACGGAUCCCAUGCUUCGCCCACUCCAUUGCCAAUGUAUGCGUCAUGUUGCGCACAGCAGCCUUGGUAGCUCCAUAAGGCGCCGAGGGCGCAGCGCGGUUGGGGCGGUAGGAUGUCAUGGACGCGGUGAAUACAAUGGAGCCCUUGAUUCCAAGCUCGAUGAAUUUCUUCGCGACGGUUGUUGCGCAGAAGUAUGCGCCGAAGACGUUGAGGUUGAACAAUUGAUCGAUCUGUGCGCGGCUGAAAUCCAAUGCCGGCUGGUGCUUGGUCAUUCCAGCGUUCGCGACGAAGCCGUGGAUUGCGCCCUGCGCGCUCACGACAGCAUCAAUUGCAGAUGUGAUGCUCUCCUCCGAGGUGACGUUGCAGUUGAUAUAGUGCAGGCGCUUCGGGUUGGCUUUUUGGAUCGCGGCGAAUUCCUCGCCCGGCUCAAACAGGUCGAGACUGUAUACUGCGGAGGCUUCAUUUGCGAGACACACUUCGGCGAUGGCGAGGCCGAUGCCCCGGUUUGCGCCGGUGAUGGCGAUGACUUUGUCUUUGAGGGUUAGGCGCCAGUCGUGGUUGGGGCCUGGGAGAGUGUUGAGGAAGGCGGGGUUUUCAGCGUCGCUCGUGGCUGCGGCUGCGGCGCCGGUGAUGGCUUCUGAGGCGGAGGGAGGCAUUGCGAGGGAUCGGUGAGCUGAAGGAUUUGAAUUGGAGGCACUCGGAGAGAAGGAAAAGGAUUGAUUGACUUGCGCUUGACCAACACUGCAACGGGAGGGGCCCUUUUAAACCCCGCCAUGGCUCUUAUCACUUCAAGCCAAGCAUCCCCGAGUCUCCGAGACUCGCAGCUCCUGGACGAUCCAUCUCGGAUGCGAAGUGCGUAUACUCCGCACGGCAGCCCGGAAUUUCCCCGGCGUCAUGCAAGCCAGGAUCCCAGUGGCUGCAGG